GACAUCAUCAAAGGUCCUCUAGCCACUAGGAUGUAAUAUCUGCAGAUAAGUGUCCAUUGUUCCUGAAGUAUACAUGGUAACUGUAAGUCUCCUUCACAAAAAAUGAGCCUUUUCCUUAAUGGCCCACAAAAGAUGAACAAGGACAGAAAACAUAUGGCUGAGAGAAUAUUAAACCUCACACUGGAGCUCAUCUACCUGCUGACUGGAGAGGGUUACACACUAGUGAAGAUGACAGAUGAGGAUGAUGUAUGGAGCAGGACCCAGAAGCCCAUCACAGUGUCUCCAUUAUACUUGCUGAAGAAUGAGAGCAGCAAUGACCAGAAGAUCUUAGAAAUUACCAAUGAAAUCACUGAGCUGCUGACUGGAGAGGUUGCGAUAAGAUAUCAGGAUGUCACAGUCUUUUUUUCCAUGGAGGAGUGGGAUUAUUUAGAAGGACACAAGGAUCUGUACAAGGACAUCAUGAUGGAGAACCACCAGCCCUUCACAUCACUGAAGGGAUCCAGUAUGAAGAACAUACUUGAGGGAUUCUCCCCAGUAAGUACACAGAAUUGUCCAGAGGAAAACUGCAAUGAUGACCUAGAGGAUUAUCAGACAGACUAUAUGACUGAUGUCAAAGAUGAAGUUAUGACAAGUGAAGAUGAGAUAUAUGAAGUAGUUAUCCAGCAAAGUAAAGAGGAAGAAAUUCUUACAGAUUUCAACAUUGCAGAUGACUACACCAAAAACCUGUCAGGAGAUCUACUUUUUGCUCCAGAUUACACAGUAGAAUAUAAUGAUACUUAUGAAGAAUACGCCAUCACCUCACAUAUACCUUCAGCCUUUCAGCCUAAUCCCACUGAUUACCUGGAAUCUUCAUUUGAUAAGUCACAGAAUGAUCCACAAAUUAUAGGUCACAGAGGAGGUAGAAUAUUUACUUGUUCUGAAUGUGGGAAAAAUUUUAAGACCAUAAUAAAUUUUUCUGCACACAAGAGAAUUCACAGAAAUGAGAAGCCAUUUUCAUGUUCAGAAUGUGGGAAAUGUUUUAACCAUAAAUCAGAUCUUGUAAGACAUCAAAGAAUUCACACGGGGGUGAAGCCAUUUUUAUGUUCAGAAUGUGGGAGAUGUUUUACUGUAAGAUCACAUCUUGUUGACCAUCAGAAAAUUCAUACAGGGGUGAAGCCAUAUACAUGUUCAGAAUGCGGAAAAUGUUUUACCAGGAAAUCACAUGUUGUUAGACAUCAGAAAACCCACACAGGGGAGAAGCCAUUUUCAUGUCCAGAAUGUGGCAAAGGUUUCAGUAUAAAAUCACAUCUUGUUGGACACCAGAGAACUCACACAGGGGAGAAGCCGUUUCCAUGCCCAGAAUGUGGGAAAUGUUUUACUUUAAACGCACAGCUAGCUGGACAUCGGAGAACUCACACAGAGGAAAAGCCAUAUUCAUGUCCAGAUUGUGAAAAAUGUUUUGCUCAGAAAUCAGCUCUUGUUAAACAUCAAAAACUUCAUAGUGCUGAAACGGUUAGUAUAUUUAGAUUGUAGGAUUUACUUUUAUACAAUUUUUUUUAAAGAAGAAAAUCUAAAGAAAGAACCCCAACAAUUCCACCCUCAUCAAUAAACACUGUGAAUAAUAUAUAAAGAGUUCUUCUAUAAAUUUCCCAGGAGAUCAGCAAAUGUAUCCACUUUUCUCACUGGCAUCAGAUCAGACGCGAGUCAUAACUGUGAGGCAACAGGUUACAUCAGUUCUCCCCCAUUGA